GGGGCCCUCACGUUGUCCCUGCAAGCCAGAUGAUUGAGUAAGGCAGCUGAGAACCGGGCAACAUCAACAUCAACACAGCGAGGAGCACGUGGGGUGGUCAAAGGCGACCUCAGCUGCGCACAAGACGCAGUCAAACCUGCUCCAGUAACAGGGAUCUGCGGGUAGAGGCUCCACUUUAUCGUCUUAGCAAACACAGGCACAAAGUGCCUCAUAAAAGCAGUCGGUUCAAAACCUUUAGGCAUCGACAUCGACCGUCUCAUUCAUUCGGUGCAUCCAUUGUCGUAGUGGAUGUGGAAACAAUAGCUGUCCUGAAUUGUGAAGAUUUAGCAGUGUGUGUGUGCAUUAGAUACGGAGCAGGAGGUCAGCGAGAAAUCCAAACAAGGCGUCAGGGUCAACAGAGAAAUGGAAUGUGUGUUGGCCUUUUAAGGGGUCUCUCUACGGCGCUGGAAAUACAGCAAGUCGGACCCAGCGAAGACAGACAGUCGCAGCUUUUUAGAGUCGACUUAGUAGGUAUUGCUUUGUUGAACGCUAAAUCAUGGUGACAAUCGGUACUGCGGGAAUCGAUUGCCUUGCACUGAUUACCCUAAAGCCUGCGGAACCAAAUGCGAACAAAGUAGCCAAGCUGGGGCGCUAACUGGAAGAAAGUGAAGUGCGAACUGUUCAGUUCACUGGAAAGAUUAUAUCUCCGUCUUUAACUCUUCAAAGUCUCCCUUGCAUUCGCGAAACAUCUGUCUGCGUGGAGAUUUUCUUAACGACUUCCAACUGACAUGUGACUUUCCUCUCUGGUGGAUCCAACUCCUUGAAACAGUUGCAUGUUACACUUAAGGCGAAAGAUAUGGCCAUGGAUUUGCAGUGUUUUAUGCUGCUCCUGCUCCUCCUUUCAAUGCUGGAUGGUGGCACUUCUCAUAAUUCAAGCACCCCACGGGGUUGUGGUCUGAAUGUAUCACCCCGCUUUUCAGCUCUCUGUGAUUUGGACGUAGUGUGGGGUAUUGUGCUGGAGGCAGUAUCAGGAGUUGGAGUGGUAUCUGCUGUGCUCCUCUCACUCAUCCUACUAGCUCGCUUACCUUCCAUUACCGAGAAAGAGAAGAGGAGCUCCGUGGGUCUGCUUCUGCUUAUGCUUUUUGGAAUCGUGGGAUUAUUUGGCCUUAGCUUUGCUUUCAUUAUUCAAGCUGAUGAAAGGGUGUGCAUUGCUCGUCGGGCCCUCUGGGGAGUCUUUUUCUCGCUCUGUUUUUCUUGCCUUCUUGCUCAGAGCUGGCGUCUUCAAAAACUGGUGCGCAACGGCAAGAGUCCUGGGGGCUGGCAACUUGCCUGGAUAGCUCUCGGCUUGACUCUGGUACAGGUAAUCAUUGCCAGUGAAUGGCUGGUGCUAACAGUCGCCCGAAAUGCCAAACCAGCUUGUGACUACCAUCCCAUCGACUUUACCUUGGCCUGCACAUUUGUUAUGAUUAUUCUCGUGGCCUCCUUGAUGCUGGGUCUCUUUUGUCUCUGUGGGAAGUUCCAUAAAUGGAAGCGUAAUGCAGUCUGUCUGAUCAGCACUUCCGUGCUCUCCAUCCUUUUGUGGGUUGCUUGGAUUGGUCUCUACCUUUAUGGCAACACUGUCCUAGGAAAAUCUCCGCUCUGGGAUGACCCCGUUCUGGCAGUUGCUCUGGCUGCUAAUGGUUGGGUAUUGUUGCUGGUCCAUGCCAUUCCAGAACUUCACUGCACCAUUUUGCCAUCUUCACAGCCAAAUGCUCCUGACUACUUUGACACCUCCCAGCCUCCACCACGCAUCAGGGAGACCAGUUUUGAUGAGGAAAUCACCCUUCCUAAUCGCACUUACAUGGAGAACAAGGCUUUCUCUUUUGAUGAGCAUAGUGCAGCUCUGCGUGCAGGUGGAUACCGCAAUGGAAACCUGGGUGGUCGGCCAACUGCACCUUUCAGAAGCAAUGUGUACCAACCUACAGAGAUGGCUGUAGUACUCAAUGGGGGCACUAUCCCAUCUGCCCCACCAAGCUACUCAGGACGCCAUUUAUGGUAAGGUCUGCUGAACAUGAGAGAUCUUUGCACUGUUCCUGGUGGUCACAUUGAAAGAGCUGGAAUGACCCUAAAGGCUUUCAGGAUGAAAAGUGGACUUUAUUCAUCACACUUGUGGCUUGAGGGAAAUCAUUUUCUGGGUCUAGUGUUAUGUCUGUCUGUUCUUGCUACAGUAUUAUAGUUCCACAUGUAACAAUACAUAUGGCAGAUGACUGAUAUGCUAUUAAGUGAUACUGACUCGAGUAAGUGAAAGAGAGGAGUGAUUUAACAAAAGUAACCUCUCCAAAUACUAAUAUUUAUUGUUCUCUUGUUAUUUAUUUCUUUAAGUCUUCUUCAUCAGCGGUGAGACAUGGCUGCAGGCUCCAGUGUGUAGUCGUCUUUCUUAUUUUCCACUGCUGGUUGAAACAGCACUUUUGAUGGCAAGAUACAGUUAAAAAAAAGAGAGAAAGUGAGAAAUUUAUCAUCCAGUACCAAAUCUUCCAAUGCAUUAAAUAUGCCUUCUUAAAUUAAAUUUGAACAUUAAACAGAGCAGAAAUAUAUAUUCAAAUGACCUCUGCAAUUGGAAGGUAACACCAAUAAGCAUAACACAGGACAGAAAUUGCAAUAAAAAAACAUAAACAGUUUAAAAUACAGCACAACUCAAGAAAAAUAUGAAAUAAAGAGCGAGCAAAAACAAUUGUUUUUUAUUUUUGUUCAAAACCAAAAAAAUGCACAAAACCUUAAAUAUGUUCACUACAGAAAGUAGAAAUAUGCCAAAUUGUUUUAGAAGUUCUUUACACAAAGGGGUGGCAGAAAAUGUAUAUAAGAUGAAGGACCUGACAGCCAGCAUAUUAUGUGUUCAGUAUGUAGAACCCAAAAAUUGGAAGGCAGAAAAUACAGAAUGUCUGUUGCUUUCAUUUUAACACAAUUCAUGAGAAAGAUCUGCAAGGUUUUUGCUCAGGUGUGCAAUCUGGAUCAACACCUUCAUGCACACCAGGUACCCACCGUUGCAAAGUUUCACAAGAGCGAUUACCAAAUCAGUCAUUCACAACAGGACUCACACACUCCAGCAGACUUGUCAGUGGUCUCCAUCAGCCAGAGUGGUUCUUCAGAGCAGUGACAUAGGGACCCAAAAGGCCCAUCUACGUGAAGAUUCCAGAAAGAACCUUUGUUUAGUGUGUUCAGUAACAGGCUAAAUAACCAUGAUAGAUGGUAACAGAUUUGUGAAAUUCACAGUGGGUCCUGAUUUUGAAAGGACUCUUGCUGCAUACAGUUGCAUGGGCUAAAUCCAGGUUUUCUUAAUCUGUUUAUAUCCUGCUAGGUAGCCCACCAUAUAUUAUAGAUUUCAGUUUUUUCCACACAUAUUAGAAUGUUUUUCAAAGAACCAACUUAAUACGCAAAGAACCUGUUCCAGAACAAAAUAGUGCUCCAUCAAGUAAUGGAGCUAUGAAGAACCAGCCAACAAAGUAAAGAAGCAUAUAGUGCCAUUAAAGUAUUUUAAGAGUAUACUGCCAAUGAUUUUUGAAGAGAUCUUCAGUGCCUGCUGAGAUACCAGCAGCAGCCCCUGCAAUACUAGCACUUCAACCUACAGACAACACAGUAUUGCGAUUUUAACCAGCAAUGACAGAUUCCUGAAGAUGUAGCCACCUUGUCCCAUAUAAAUAAAAAAGCCAUACUCUGUUUCAGUAGAAAGUGCCAAAAUGUGGUGAAAACAAAGAGUAUAGGUGGCUGAUUAAUAACAUACUGACCUGUUUUUAUCACAAACCUGUGGCAGCAGGCUGCCUCUUAAAGCGUACUAGUGAUAUGUUACAUGUGCACCUUUCCUAGUAGCUAAUUCCAGCAAAAAAUGCUAAAUGCGUCCUUUUACACAAAAUUGCUCUGUUAAUGCAUUAUGUCAGUAGUUAGUGCAGUCAGGUUUACUUAUGAACUGUGUACUUACUGGCAGAGUCCGCUGAGACACGAAAAGCUGAACAAUGGAAGGCCAGAUAUUUUGGGUAAAUGUAAGGAGAUCUGCCGUAACACAGUUGUGUUACUACGUAAUUUUUCAAAGGUCUUCUCGGUCCUACAAGUCCUUAAAGUAGAUAUUAAAUUAAAUUAAAUUAAUAUGUCAUUAUGCUAUCUGAAAACGAUUUUAAGCUCUACAUUCUGUAAGGUUUAAAUUAGACGACCUAAAUCUAGCGACAGGCACUGCUCUUCAUGUCUGCUUACACUUGUCUCAAGGCAGCCAGAAGCCCAAUCUCCUUGACAAACUGCACCACACUAGGAAGUCACAUAGCACACAUUGUAAAUGAUGGAUAUACUUGAACAAUUACAUUGUUUGAAUCUUUUCAUUUCCUUUGGCCCAGAUUGAUUUUUCACACACAAAAAAAAUCAAACAUUUAUGUUACCAGCACACAAAUCAGUUGUGUUGUGUAAAAUUCUGCCCAGUGCUGCAAGUGAAUGUUAACUUGUGCCUACCAUGAACAUGGUACGUAUUACAGAGGGCCAUGAGUAACCAAAUGUUUGGAGACUCCUUCAUAAACCAACUCUUAAAAUAGGAAACUAUUCAAGCACAUACACUAAAGAGUGACAGUCGCACUGCUGUAGUCAUUCCACCCGUGCACCUCAUGUUCGUCACAACAAGGAGACGGAGGGCAACAAUCACAAAAAUGCCUUUGAUUUUAUUUCUGGAAUAAGACAAAGAUGCCAUCGGAUUAAGUUUGAAUAGCGAUGAGUUUCUUUCCAGUGCAUUAUUCACUUUAUGAAAAUCACUGUGGGUGGCACUGUGAUGCAGUGGUAGCGCUGCUGCCUCACAUUAAGGAGAACAGGGUUUGUGUCCUUCAUGGAGUUUACAUUUUGUCCCCGUGUCAUGCAGGUUAGGUGGAUUGAGAUACCAAAUUGGCCCUAGUGUGUGGUUGGGGUUGUGUUUGUGUGUUCGGCCUACAAUGGACUGGCGCCCUACUCAGGGUUUGUUCCUGCCUUGCCCCCGAUGAUAGCUGGGAUAGGCUCCAGCAACCGCUACACUGUUCAGGACUAAGUUGGUUUAAUAAUGAAAUGAAAAAUCACUGUGAGGGUAGUCUGAACCCAUGAAAGCACCUGUCACCACUCUCGAGUCUGCCAAGGUGUCUGCCUAAUAUCCACGUGAAAAGAAUUUGCAGGACAGCAGCACUUCAGGAAGCACUGCAUACACUUUCAAUCAGUCAGUCAGUCUGCCAUUCUGUCAGAGUUAGCACAAUAUCCAAUUUGGUUUUCUCUUUUAAUUGACGUUUGGUUGUAAAACAUAAUUGUGGCCCCAAAGCAGGGAAACCAUUUUUUUUGGCUGUCUUUUUAUAAAUUUAAUAGACGUGCCAACCAAAACCUUUCUCAUCCUUGCCUUGGGUUCCAUAGAAAUAUCAGUGACCAUGUCAAGAUGAGAUGUGUCAUCCAUAUAAAUAUUUAUGUUUUAUUUAUUUAGAGCACAACAGAAAAAUAAGAUGACACGGUGCUUGGAGACGCAAUGUACAGUGUUUGGUUGAAAUUCAGAGGAGAGUCCUGAACAAAGUUCCACAUCCACGUUUCAAAAUGAUAUUAAAUAACCCGGCAAAGGUGAAUUACAAAUUGCGACAUGGAUUAUAGUUUUAUUAUGGAAAGCGUGUUAAUAAGAUGCAGACUUAAAACGAGGAUGAAGCCUAAGUGUAUAGAGCUUACAGUUCUGUUUUUACAUAACCUUGACUUCUAGUUAAAAAAGAAGUGCACUCCUGAAUACAGUGUAAAAAGAAAAGUUUGUAUCCACAAGUCCUUUUCAUUUAAAUGUCAGCGCUGACAUGUAGUACGUUAGCCAGUGAGUGAGAAGAUACAGUACGAUACACUUUUGCCACAGAGUUCAAAAAAGAACCUGAACAUCACCUUCGCUGUAUGUGCUGUCUAAGGUGUAGAACUUUUGAGAAAGACCCAAGCGUCGCCGACAUCGUUCUAGGGAUCAUUUCUGCAUUUUCUGCCUGCCAAUUCAGUGACAAGCUUCCUUGCCUAUUUUUUUUUUUCCAGUGACAUUGGCAUUGACACGCCAGAGGUAAUUCAGCAUUGGUGAAUGUAUUGAAGGAUUACCGGAAUCCUGUGCUCAGAUCCAAGGGUUACGAAAUUGCUGGAUAUAAAAACACAAACAAGAGCAAGGCGAUCCUUUUGUACAGUACAAGUUUGACUGGACAUUAUUUUGAUGUACCUCAGGGAUAAUAUUUUCUUAAAUAACAUGGUAAAUUGUUUAAGCAACUAAAAAACAAUGAUAAAUAAACACUAUGUAUUGAAUGUAAUGUGGGUGGUACGAUUUAAAGUCUAUAUCGAGGAAGGAGAAGCAAACAAUCAAAAAAAAAAAUUCUUUAGGUUGUGCCACGCUAUUCUAUGGUAACACCACUAUUGUGAUAACGGCAGACGGCAACAAGAUCCGGACACUUUGCGGUGGUGGACAGACAACUGGAGCACAGGCAGGUUAUGCGAGUCAAGCAGGGUCAUACAGUAAAUUGGAUGUAGGGUCAGAAAUGCCAAGGGCCUUUUACCAAGUGGGUUGAACCCACUAUGCCAUUAAUUUAUACUUUUCUUAAGCAGUACAAGGGCAGAAACAAUGCCCUUUUAAUAUAUUCCCCAAGCUAAGUUUUGGAAUAAAGCCAUUAAGAAAAGGCAGCGUGGUUGACGAGCAUUGACAGUUUAAUUCACAUGGUAUAAUGGCACUCACGUCCUGAUGUAAGGCCCAAAUGCUGUGGAAUUUAUUUAAAAUCGGAGUGGGAGUAGCACAUUUGGAUUGUGCCGCCAUUGACAUACAGUAAGUUAUGCAUACAGGGAGUGCAAACACUGAAAUGAAAUUGGAGAUGCUUUUAAUAGUAGAUGGUGGCAUACUGGGUAAGCAGCUUCAGGAAAAGGAUGGGUAGUGGCUAGAACUGUAAAACACUGUAAUACAUUCUUUUCCUAACAUUAGGUUUCAUUCCAUAGUGAUUUCAUUGACGAUUGUAAUGGGAACCCGAGUAUUUUUUAAGGUAUUUCCAUAAGUUGACCAUUACGUUGCCCAGCAGUUCCAGACGUUUUCUGUUUUUCUUUGGUGAGUAGUUUGCUGUUAUCCAGCUGAACAGAUGUCAUCAAUCAGGUGCUUUGCUUUGUUGCCAUUGCUCAGCACGUGAAUGUUUUUUCCUAACGUCACUAACAGCAGCUCUGUUAGGUUCUGACUGUGGCCGACACCAGUUGCUGCACAGCUGACAUGUCAGUCAGAUGAGCAAAGAUUACUCUGAGCACUCCAGCGUCCUGCAGGGUUUUGUACAUUUUUUACAUUUUAAGUUAUAGUUUGAAUAAAUUAUACCGUUAAAUUAGACAUUUUCCAGCACAUUGAAAUUUGUAUUGUUUUUUUUUUCUAUAUGUAAAGGGAAAUAUUUUAAAUGUACACGUUACUUUCCAAGAACUUAACCAUUGCAUAAAUCAAGAAUAGGAUUAUUAUUGUACAAGGGGGACCCAAAAAUUCCUGGAAUUAUUAAAAAAAAAACAAAAAAAAACUAAAACUUACAGCCACCUACGAAAUCUCCUUCUUGAGAUGCAAUCCGCUUGUCUCAGCGCGUCUCCCAUUCCUGGAAACAUUUCCUAUACUCCGCUUUCGUUACCACGUCUAAAGCCUCCAGAGUUUAUUCUUUUCUCAUCCACAGCAGCAAAUUUUCGUCCCUUCAGUCUAAAUUUUAAUUUGAAGAAAAACAAAAAGAAGUCAGAGGGAGCGAGAGGUGUGAAGCAACAACCACAUUGUUUCUGCUGUCGGACUGACGACGCUUGUGUGUGUGCAGGUCCGCUCUCCCAGUGCACAACACUCUCUCAGGUGUCUCAUUUCUCUGAACCUUUUUUUUCCUGAUGCUUUCCCGUAACAGUUCAAUAUAAUGUCGCCGAUUAACAGUCUGUCCACGGGGAACAAACGGUUUAUGAACAAGUCCGCACAUAAUCAUCAUUGUCUCUUGAAAUUUUACCAUGGCGGUGUGGAGAAAAAAAAUGUCGCCAAUGUGAUUGUAGAAUAAAUGUCAGAAACACGCACUCGAUCGAUUUUAACAUGGCGCCACUCAGCAGACCCUUUAACUGGAUUGUAGGGAUAUGAUAACUGGCGGCAUUUCCUUCGUCUUUUUGAUUCCUGGAAUGUUUGGGUCCUCCCAGUAUAUAAUGAGAGGGCUUCAUUCUAAGAAGCUACUGGAAUAAAUUAAAGUUGCUUUAUGAAUUAUGAAAAUGAGGAUUAUCAUCAAAGAAAAAUACAUAUGCAAACAACUGUUGUGAACUGAUAUUAAAGCUUUUGACAUGUGGGCUAUGCAGCCUCCCACAUUCUACAUGAAUCCUGUUACUGAUGCCCAUUUUCCUCAAGAAGUCAGCCAUUAAUGUGGUAUGCAUGACCUGCCAUGCAUUAGUCCAUUACAAUAAAAUUGUGCCAUUUAAGAUUGUGUUCAUUAUCAAUGAUGAUGAUGCUUUAAAAAAACACAGUACCCCUGAAAAGCAAUACACUACUUCUCACCAGCAGCACAAGCUUUCUAGGGCUCCACUGCAUUCAUGAACUUUGGACGUGUCACCCACACUCCCCUUCACUGGGACCACCCAGUCCGAGGACUUGGUGUUAAAACAGAGCAUUCAGGUUAAUUUGCCAUGAAAAAAAGAAACAAAUCACAAGGAGGAAUAGUUUUAAUAUACAGUAUGUGAUAAUCAUGACUAUUUUCUGUGUAGUGGCAGUAAAACUUGACAAUAAUUGUACAGUAUGUGGAUUUUAUUUUUCAGAAAAAAAUACAAUGUAUAGUGGUAAAGAGGGAGGGGGCUAAAUACUGGAUUAGGAAUCCAAGUUGUUGGGACUUUUUUAAAAUGAAAGUGGGUCACAGAGGGCGCUCAUCUCUGGAGAAUUAGUUCAAGUUUCAGAAUAUAUUUAAUUUUUGGUUGGUCUAUGAAAUGAUUAUAUAAUGUUAAAAUAUGCUGUUUAGAAAAAGUAAGCAUUCAGGAAAGAGAACCCAGUUGUGGGUAAAGUGGGCACUGCAGAGAAGAUUUUACAGGAUUAUUCUCAGAUUUUGUGAUCCUCCAGCCAGGAGAUAGACGGCUCAAACGUGUUUAACAUAAAGGGAGAUUUCUGUUUAUUCCAUUGUGUACUGACAAAAGCCUGGUUUUGUGUAUUUAAUCCUUGCUAUGUUGUAAAAACAAAAGAUAAUUUUCAAUAAAAUGUCUUUUGUAUUUUCA